GCAAUUAUGUAUCAUAUUUUUGGGAGACAACUCUCUGAAUAUAAAUUAAAGGCAAUUCUGACAGAGUACGCUUGAAAAAUUCGGACAGCAUUUACAUCCAAACGGAUAUAGAGAAAAAGGAUGUAUCAUCCGUUAUACGUGACGCAAUGUCGAACCCACGAAUUUAUACGGAGAUUGCAACAGAAGAAUGCAGAUAAAAAAUAAAAUUGUAUUGCUGACCGGAGGAGCGAACGGGAUAGGAUUUGCCUAUGCUAGAGAACUUUUGCGAAAUGGUGCUGGUCGCAUAGCUAUUCUGGAUGUAAAAGAUUCGAGCGGCAAAGAAGCGGCGAGUAAAUUGAACAAGGAAUUCGGACAGGGGCACGUCAUCUUUAUUUUCUGCGACGUGUCAAAGCCGCAGGAAUUAGAAGCUGGAUUCGCAGAGACGAUCAAGCAGUUUGGUGGACUCGAUAUUCUGAUAAACAAUGCUGGAAUUAUGGAUGACGUACGAUGGGAGCUCAUGAUAGCCACAAACGUAAAUGCUGUGGUCCGCGGAACGUUGCUGGGUUUGCAAUACAUGGGAAAAGACAAAGGAGGCAAGGGUGGUGUCAUUAUUAACAUCGCGUCCAUAUUGGGCUCGGUACCGUCGAAAUACUUUCCAAUUUACACAGGAACGAAGUACGCCGUGAUAGGAUUGAGUCAGUCUUUCGCGAUGCCAUACCAUUACGAGAAAACAGGCGUUCGAAUAUUGACAUUGUGUCCGGGUCUCACAGAUACCGAAUCACUCAGGAAAUCUCAGGAAAGAAUGUUGGACAUCAUCGAUGUCGAAGAACUUGUCGGAGACAGCAGCAAUUUAACUUCCCAAAAGGUUGACAGCGUCGCACACGGUUUGGUGUACAUGAUACGAUCGGCCCAAAACAGCACGGUUUGGGUAGCUGAAAACGGAGAACCCGUUUACCAAAUCAUGAUUCCCGAUCGUUUACUCACCAAAGUUUCAGCCUGAAGAUAAUUCGAAUAAUGAUUAUUAUCUGUCUGUAAUGAAAAAUUUGAAGAUGUUAAUAAUAAUAAUAAUAAAAAAAAAAAAGUUUUCAACGUC